AUGGAGAUGGCAAACCAAAAGCGCACGUUACAGCAGGUUAACAUUGCACUGAUCACUUGUAUUGGAGAUAACUGGAUUACCAAUGCUUGGUUGUACUGCCUUGCUAAGGCCAGCUCUAAGGUCUUUGGAAUGUUAAAUUCUGCGGAUACAUCUGCUGAUGAGAACUCUACUGGUCGCCCAGCCGCAUUAGUGGAAAUAGUAAUUAUACCUUUUGCCUGA